AUGGAUGCACAGCCCAAUAUGAAUAGCUGGGGUUCAAAUCAUGCAGGUGUCGAGCAGCCGCUGAGCAACCAUUAUUCGGGCUGGUCAUCGACAGCUGCGAGUCCCAGCAAUCUGCCAUCACCAGGUCGCCGAGAACAUGCUGUACAGCCCCCAUUGUUGACAACAGCACUGAGCGGUCCUCAAUACCAAGGUCUUGGGGCUGGUCUUGGACUAACACCGACGCCUUUAUCAUCGACCUCGCUUUCGAGCCCAUUUACUCACGGUCUAUCGUCUAGUGUUCCAUCUCCCAUUAACGGCAGAUCGGUUUCGUCGUCUUCGAUGGCGUCUAGAAACGCAUACAAUGUUCCUUAUAAUCCCCAGGACUGGGGGCCUCCGGGCAGGCCCCAGGCGCAGGCCCCAUAUCUUCAGCCAGGUGCUAUGCAUCGUGUGACGCCGCAAAGAAAUAAUCCGGAUGUGUCGUUGUCUCCACCUCCUCCGCCAUACUCACCUCCCAGCAACCAAAAUCAAAUAUCGCGGGACUUUUCUGGUCAGACAAAUCCUCCAUUUGCCGGAACGCCUUCUCCGCCUGAUAACAGGGAGGGCGGGUUUGAUAUGCCUGUUCAGUACCAACGACGCUCAAACCGGCCACGGCCACUAUCUAUGGCUUACCCGUCUGACUCGGGAUCUCAGCGCGGGUCGCUACCUCCUCCGCCUCCCCCGCAGGGACAUCCGGCGAGUAGAUCUGUUUCUCAGGGUCGAGUGGAGUACCACGGUAUGCCCUAUAAUGACCAGGCUAUGCAAUAUAAUGCUGCUAGCCACAGGCCCCAACUGUCACAGUAUGACCAGGGCCAAUCCUCGCCCUUUAACGAGCAUAUGUCUGCAAAUCAUGCUCACUUCGAGACACUAUCCCGGGCUCCCGGAUCCCGAAGAGCCGCAUCUGCUGGGGCUGUAAUAAGCAGCGCGGGUUCAUCGAGGGCAACGAGCCAAUCGCGAAAUCGAUCGCCGUCAAAUAGUAAUUGGGAACCCGGGAUGCCACUUCCGCCACCACCUCCAGGGCCACCUCCCGCUGCAAGGUCUGUCAGCGUGAGUGGCUCGUCGGAAUCGUCAUCUCUGAGAACCACUCAGAGCUCGAAUAGGACGACGAGAAGGGGACCUCCCGUGCUUGGAACAGGACUGGGAAGCAUCCCGCCUACGCCAGCUGACUGGAUAGACGAGGGUUAUUUGAACAGUCGACCAACGGAGAGUUUAUAUGUUGACACGGCAAAAGCGGCCAAGGCACCAGAGCCGACGGAUGGAGAUCCCCACGAUUCAUCUAAUCAGAAAACUCCUGGCAGCGGCGGUCUUUUCCGCAGCUCAGCAGUCCGCGAUCCAAGUGCCAAAGGCAUCCGUGAAAGGCGAAUUGAACGACGCAACCGACAAAGUCAGGUCUUUGAACCCCCGAGUGCGAUAUCGCCAAAUGGUAAUCCUUGGGCCGAUGCUCUCGAGCAGAUCAAACCGUCGAACCUGAUCCUACCAGACCAGAUCAAUAGCCCGAAUCAAGAUCAGAAUCCAACGUCGGCCAAGUACGACAAAACCCCUCGCAACAUCAAACCAGAAGGACAAAAUACUGCCUCACGGCCUCGGGCAUCGUCCAGCGCUGUGCUUCGAGAGAAAUCACCCUAUGGUACUCCUAGACAACAACCUAGCUCUGCUGGACCCUCGGCUGCAUUUGCACACACGCCUCCAUUUUCGCCAAAUCCAAAUGGGGUGGGUUCAUCAGCAUAUCCUAAAGAAGCUAGCCAAGCAGUACCACCAAAGGCACUACCAACUCCGCCUCUUAACUCAGCAAAAGAGGUCCGGCCACGCUCACGCUCCCGUGCACCCUCCCGAGGAGCGGAGGACCGUCCACUCUCUCACAUUCUCCACAUGCCUAACGAUGCUGUGUCGAUUAUGAAACCCUUGUCGCCACGCCGAAUUCCGGGGCAGCAAACCGUGCAGGUGUCAAUGGAAUCGAUCCUUAGGCAAGAUCCUGCUUUCCUACAGGAUGCGAUUCAAAGGCACAAGACCUUUAUUGAUAAAGAAGCCAGUGCCGAUGAUGAUGCCGAAGCACUCAAGAUAUUUGCGGACUAUAUGCUUGCCGAAUCUCAGAUCCGGCGUCAGCGAUACGCCAAGGUCUGGGAAUCUUUCCAAGUUGACGAUGUGCGUCGCAAUCUGUUCGAGUUGCCAGCCAAGCAACCACCAAAGCCUAAGCCCCAGCCAAAGCUAGAUAUCCCACAAAACCGUGCAGGCCGGCCGGAGUCUGCGUGGUGGAAUAACUAUCAGCCUUGCCUGUCGCCAAUUGCCAGCCUCAACAUGAGCAAUGAUGAGAGCUCUCGAGGCCGCGCACCAAGCCGCUGGUGGGAGUCGGCAACCGGUUCCAGCGGCGAGGGGGGCGAGAGAAGAGUCCAACGAUCCAAGCGGGAAUCAAAGUACAUGGGCUUGCCUCGGGAGGCUAUGCAGUGGGAUCAGGAAUUGACUCCUUCUCAGCCCAAAGACGUGAGUAUGGACUAUGGGAAUACGGAAUAUGGUUCUGAUGAAUACCCACCUGAGAAAGUCGGCUGGCAUGAAGAGUCUCCUGCAAAUUCCGCCGGGUCUGGAUAUCGCUAUGAAAGCCGCAAUUUAGAUAUCUCGCGGUUGAUCACCCUACCUCCGCCUUAUCCCCGCCACCAUCCUGCUGUGAAUAACAGCCAUCCCGAUUUGGUUACCCAUAGAACUACGGUCCGGUCAAUUACUGACCUUGCGGAGAUCAAAACCACCAGACAUCGGUAUAAGGCUGACGUGGAGCGAAUGCUUCAAGAACACCAGCAACAAGUCGACGAGGGCCACCGCCACUUCAGGUCGAACAUCCAAAGCCAGAUCCAAGAUGGCAGUCUCACCUUUGCAGAAGCAGCAGAGGCCGAGGCAGCGAUGAUUGCCGCGGAGAACGAGCGAGAAAGGGCAAUGGUCAAACGCCAGCUAGACACGUACCAAGAAACAGUGCUUAAGCCGAUGAACGCCAUUCUCGUGGAUAGAAUUAGUAGAGCAACAGCCUGCAUCGACCAGCUGAGCAGUAUGCUCUCGGAUGAUGCACAGAGCGGGACACCAGAUCAAACCCAGGAAGAAGGCGAUGAGAAGCCCGAGCUUUUAGAGAAACUGACGCAACUAAAAUGGCUCUUCGAGGCCCGCGAGCAGCUCCACCGCGAGUCAUUCGACCUGAUCACUGACCGCGAUGACAAAUACAAAGCUGUCGCUCUGCUUCCCUACAAGCAGACCAAAAACGAAGACAAGCUACGGGAGACGCAAGCAUUCUUCACCCAGGAUGCACUCGACCGUCGCGUGCAGUACGAAAACGAGGCGUUAACCCGGCUCGAGACGUUCCUGGAUGUCAUUGAGCAGAACGUCAUGCGAGGCGUCGAGGUGCAGCUCUCCGCAUUUUGGGAUAUCGCCCCAUCCCUCCUGGCUCUUGUACAGCAGGCGCCUGAGGACCUGCGCGGCUUCCAGGUGCAGAUACCCGCAGAUGAAUACGAGGAAAACCCGAGCUAUAAUGAGCAUCCGCUGCAGUAUCUAUAUACGCUGCUGUCGCAUGCGGAGAAAUCGAGCUACCAGUUCAUUGAGUCGCAGACGAAUCUGCUAUGCCUCUUGCAUGAGGUGCGGUCUGCUGUUAUGCGGGCUAAUCAGAAGCUUGUGGAAGCACAGCGUAUUAAACACGGGGAGACGGAGGAGGAUGUUCGUCGUGAAAUGCAGGAGACUCGUGCUGAUGAAGAAUUGGCCCUAACAACUGAUCUUAAGGAUAAGGUUGCUACCGUCGAGGGUCAGUGGACUGAGGCCCUGGGGAGCCAAAUCGAGGGGUUGAGAGAAAGGGUGAAGGAACAGCUUAUGGCUGAAAAUGGCUGGGAGGAAUUGGAACAAUUGGAGGAAUAG